AUGAAGCGAGCGGCGUACACAAUGUGCAUCAGCGAGGAACACUUCCCUAAUGACAGGAUCAGAUCAAACGCAUGUAGAGGGAGACGGGGCUUUGAGGAGCUGCUCGGGAAAACAGGUCAAAGGCAGCGAGCGGCGUGCAGAGCCUCCCUGGAGAAAGCAGAGCAGGGAAGGGCUGAUGAGGAGGAGAAGGAGGAUGAAGAGGAACGAGCUCUGGACUCGGUGUGCAGGCUUUACGGGGCUCUCUGUGGGAAGCAGGUGUUGGAACAGCUGGAGGUGGAACCUGAGUCUCAGAAGAUCCAGAGCGUCACCAGACACCGCCACACAGGAGGGUAG